GAGCAACGUCCUACCACUACCCCCAAAACAUGAAUGGACUUUAUAGAACUAUAGCCGGGAGGACCAGGAGCGGCCGUUUCUUUGCGAAGGCUCUCGCAGAAGGAGCGCGAUCCUCUACUUUGUGUGUUAAUGCAAAGAGUGGCCUUUUGGCUCGGGCCGGCUUGCGUUGGCAAUGCUCGAAUACAUUUCCUAGAAUUGGUAGCGAUCCUUUCAACAUGUUUGAACGCUUACCCACAUCUCUACAUCCGAACGCACUGCGCAUAUCUUCCGGUGUACGCGCUCAGCAUUCAUCGACUGUAGCAUCGCCUAUUCUCGCCGAUGCAUCGCCUGUGCAAGGGAAGGAAUUGCAAACGGAACAUACUGAGCAACAUCGACAAGAUCAUCAGGAAGAGGCACCAAGCAAGCCCAUCGUUGGAUGGUGGUACCUCUUCUCUGGGUCUCUUGUUUUUGGUAUUGUGGCCAUCGGUGGCCUAACCCGGCUCACUGAGAGUGGGCUGUCCAUCGUAGAAUGGAACCUGAUCAAAGGGAUGAAACCACCAAGAUCACAGCAGGAAUGGGAAGAAGAGUUUGAAAAAUACAAGCAGUUCCCAGAAUAUAAGUUGUUGAAUCAUCAUAUGACGCUGCCCGAAUUUAAGUCGAUAUUUUACAUGGAGUGGGCUCACCGAAUGGUCGGGCGCUUUAUUGGUCUUUCAUUUAUUAUCCCUGGAGCGUAUUUCGCGUAUAAAGGCCAUAUGUCCAAGAUAAUCCGCAAUCGUUCCCUUCUAGUGGCUGCUUUGAUUGGUGGUCAGGGUCUCUUGGGUUGGUACAUGGUCAAAAGUGGCUUAUCGGAUGAGAUAAUGGAGAAAGCGCACGCCGUCCCGCGUGUCAGUCACUACUGGUUAGCCGCUCAUCUCGGGUCCGCUUUUACGAUUUACUCUAUCAUGCUUGUAACUGGUCUCGAUAUCCUGAGGGCGAAUAAGGCAAAGGCGAUUGAGAACCUGCGCUUGAUAUUAAAACAUGCGGAUGUAAUAAAGUUCCGGAGGUACGCAAUCGGCACGGCAGGACUGGUUUUCCUAACCGCCAUGUCAGGGGCUUUCGUGGCAGGUUUGGACGCCGGAUUAAUUUACAACGAGUUUCCUAAAAUGGGUGAAGGAUACGUGCCAUCCGAUAUGUGGGCGAUGUCGACACGAACGGAGCGGAAUCCUAACCCAGGACCCUUUUGGAAGGAUCUGUUGGAGAACCCCUCUGCUGUUCAGUUCAAUCACCGCGUGCUGGCCAUGACGACAGCAAGUUCAGUUGGAGCUCUUUGGCUAUAUUCGCGUCGAGUCAAGCUUCCGCGAAAUGCACGUUUGGCUGUCAACGCUCUCCUUGCAAUGGCGGGUGUGCAAGUGACGUUAGGGAUUACUACCCUUCUCUACCUCGUGCCGGUCCCCCUAGCGGCGGCCCACCAGAGCGGAUCGUUGACGUUAUUGUCGAUUGCACUGUGGCUCAUGCACACCCUCCGAUAUGUAAAGAGAUAGUAGACUGGGCGCCGAACACAUAUAAUUAUCAUUAUGACCACAAAAACGUUCCAUCAAUUGGCUAUAACCUCCGUGCCAC